AGAGAGGAGGAGGAGCGGCCAAGUCUGGAUGCUUGGCGAGAGCUGUGCUACCGCCUUUCUCUCUUCAAACACACCACAAGUUUGCCCGACCCAAGUUUCGCCGAAAGGAUUUACACAGAGAGUCAACAGCAACGGGGAUGGAGGUACCGAACGUCUGUUUGUGCUGUUUGCUCCUGAGCGUUUUAGGAGGUUCUUCAGUCGGACUGGAGAUAAUAUCCACGGAGCCGACAUCCAUUGAAAAAGCCAGUGGUCAAAGUGUAAGACUGGAUUGUAAAUUCAGUUUAGGACCUGACGACUCUGGGCCACUGGAUAUUGAAUGGAGCCUCUUGUCUUCUGACAACCAGAAAGAAGACAAAGUGGUGAUCAUGUACUCGGGCGACAGGGCCUAUGAUGACUACUAUCCCCCCCUGAAGGGUAGAGUUCAUUUUAACUCUGCUGACCCCAAGAAUGGCGAUGCCUCCAUCAAUCUGACUGGCCUGAAGUCAUCCGAUUCUGGCACCUACCAGUGUAAAGUGAAGAAGGCUCCUGGCAUUGGUAGCAGAAAGAUGCUGCUGAUUGUCAUGGUGAAGCCAUCCAAGCCCAGGUGCUAUGCUGAAGGACCCACACAAGAGGGCAAAGACAUUGUUCUAAGGUGUACAUCUCAUGAAGGCACCAAACCCAUGCAGUACAGCUGGGAGAAGAUCAGUAACGGAAAUGUACUCCCUGCGUCAGCUGUGCUGGACCCAGUGGCAGGUUCCAUUAAUGUGAGGAACGCAUCUGCCAGCGCAUCUGGCACAUACCGCUGCAGAGUUUCCAACCGGGUCGGGUCAGAAGAAUGUAUACUCCAUUUCAAUGUCACACCUCCCCCCAACACUGCUGGCAUCAUCGCAGGAGCCAUAAUUGCUGUACUGCUGAUCCUCAUCAUUAUUGCUAUCAUUCUGUUCUGCUGUUGCCGUGCCCGCCACAGGAAGAAGUAUGAGAAGGAAAUCUGCAAUGAGAUAAGAGAGGACGUGCCGCCUCCCAAGAGUCGCGUUUCGACAGCGCGCAGCUUUACCGUGGGCAGCCAGCGCUCCUCUCUGGGCUCCAUGUCGCCCUCCAACCUGCACGAGUACGCCCUGAAGCCCCAAUAUGACAAGAUCCCCUCGUCAGAAGAAGACAGACCUCCGAGCCACACCCCUAGGCCACCGCCGACCGCUCCUAGGAUGGCAGGGCCCAACCUCAGUCGCAUGGGGGCCAUCCCCGUCAUGAUCCCUGCCCAGAACAGGGACGGAUCAAUUGUUUAAUGUGGCCUCCUUUCGCAAAGGGACUGUACAACAGUGAGGAGGGAAGAGAUGAAGGGAGUGGGUCAAAAGCCACCGCUUGCCUGACUCGGCUCUUCCAUACAAAUGAGAACUUACUCCUCCAAUGAAGAUCUGACUGCUGUGGUGCUGAGAAGAGAAUUGAAUUAUAUACCGGAGGUUCACACCAGAGCACAGACAAUUUUUUAUCAGUCACAAUUUAGAACCAUUUAUGAAUUUUACUUCCUGGACUUUCUUGCUGAAACAUGAACUGUAGCAGAGUGGUCAUUAUAGAAAUUUAUUGUACAUAAUUGAUUUUUUUUUCAAGGAAUAGUUGGGCCCUUGAUUUAAAGAUACUGUAUGUUCAGAACUGAUACAGCUGUACGAAUGUGUGUGUGCGGAUAGAAAUACGUAUCUGUGUGGUUAAAUGAACAGUUCAGCCUAACAGGAUUCAUACUUGGCUCAAUUUGUAGCUGGGAAUGGCAUGGAAGUGACAAAUGGCAUUCAGGAAAUUAGCAAAUUUCAAACGCUAUACAAAGGGGAAAAAAACUGCAACAUGAACACAAAUGACCAAAGCAGAAGUAGUCAACCAGUAGAAAUCGCUGUAUGACGCUAGCUUUAGCGGCUAAUGUUAGCUGCUAAGUGUGAGCUAAUGGGAUCACACUUCUGUUGUAGUCUCCCUUAGCACUAAGCACACACUAAUGUCUGACUGGAUAACGUUAGCGGCUAAUGUUAUACAAUGAUCGCUAAUGUCAAUUUGCAAAUUUCAAACGCUUUAUAAAAUAAAAAAAAAACUGCAACGUGAAUGCAAAAUGACCACAACAGAAGUAGACUUGCAAUGGAAGCAGACUUACUGUAUACCGGUAGAUACUCUUUGGGUAGAUAGUGCUUUGUGACCAUCUCUGCCUUGGCUUUUCUGAAGUAGUCAACCAGUAGAGAUCGCUUUAUGAUGUUAACCGCUAAAGUUAGCUGCUAACGUUUGCUGCUAAGUGUGAGAUUAUGGGAUCACACUUCCGUUGUAGCCUACAGAAGCGCUAAGCACACACUUAUGUCUGGCUGGAUAACGUUAGCGGCUAAUGUUAUACAAUGAUCGCUAAUAGCAAUUUGCAAAUUACAAACGCCUUACAAAAGAAAAAAAAAUGCAACAUGAACUCAAAAUGACAACAGCAAAAGUAGACUUACAAUGUUAGCAGACUGACUGUAUACCGGCAGAUACACUUGGGGUAGAUAGCGCUUUGUGACCAUCUCUGCCUUAGGCUUUCUCAACCUGUAGAGAUCGCUGUAUGACGUUAUCCGCUAAAGCUAGUGAAGUGCUAAGCGAGUUAGCGAUAGCUAAAGCUAGUAGCUAACGUUAGCUGUUAAGUGUGAGCUUAUUGGAUCACACUUACAUUGUAGCCUUACAAUAGCACUAAGCAUACACUUAUAGUUGACUGGAUAACGUUAGCGGCUAAUGUCAUCCAACAAUGUCUUGGAUGAGGACUUUUGAAAAUUUUUAAGGACGCAAUGGUCACAAGGUGGUAUCUACCGAAAUGCUACAGAUUGAAGUAUUUCAGUUGCAAGUUUUUUUUCUGUAUUUGUUAGGGUUUCAUUUUGUCAUUUUGUUUGUUGAUCAUUCACGUGGCUAUUGGCAUUUAUGUUGUUUUCCCCUUUUUGUAAAGGGUUUGGAAUUUGCAAAUUGCCUCACACUUGAUGAAAUAAUUUUGUUCUAUCGAAAAGUAUAAUUUCUCCAUCAUACAGCAGUUUUUUGGCUAAUAUUUGUGUCAUUUCCUAUAUGAAGAACCAACAUUAAGAAAAAUACAAAUGUGCUUAUGAAUAUUUUUGGGUUCAACUGUACUGUAAAUGUGUGUAAAUGGGCUUUAUUUCUGAGUUUGUCAAAUGUAUAGUGCAUUCGUUUUCUUUUACUGCCGACAAAAUCCUAUGGGUUGGAUUGUUUUUUUUUUUUUAUAUAAAAUGCAUCUUCACUAGUUCCUGGCUAACGUUUCAUAAAACGUGAGACAAAAUGAGAUUUGGGGACAUUACAACUAUUCCGUUUUAGUUCCAACAGUUUGAAAAGACCCAUCCUGGACGGGAAACGCCGUAAUUGGCUCGUCUUGAAUGGGGGUUGAGGGUCCUCGCUUUGUGAUUGGCUGGAUUACCGCGUCUGGAACAAGCUUAAAAAACAAUCAAGGCUGUCUUCACCCCCACUCUUGGACACAUUUACCUCCUCCAGAGCCUUCAGAGAGGGGGCAGCUGGACAGUCAGGUUGACUGAGCAAUUAGCUCUGAAUCUGGUUGAUGGCCAAUAACCCCUUCGGCCAGAAUCGCACACACUAGGUGUAUUAACGGACAAGUGUUCAUUUAUCAUCUGUUGCAGUAGCAGCCACCCCCCUCUGUGGUGAAGCACAUGUAAUCCUCCUUAUGUGCAGUUGCAUUCCAAAGAGCCAGGGUCUUGAUUAACCUUCUUUCCACGCUCAAUAUGAAACCCAUCAUGGUUUCUGUAGCGUGAAUAGAUUUUUUAUUUUUUUUUUGCACACCCUUGGAAGGCACGUGAUAAGAUUACAGCCGGCUUCAUAUCCACUUGGGUUGCUACUAUGUCAAACUUACAUAUGCAAUAAUAUUAAUGCCAGAUUUGAAAAGUGGCUGUUUUUUAGGGAAGUUGGAGUGGGCAAAUUGUUUAUGUUAUGCUCCAGAGCCUUAGUCUGUUCCUUUUAUAACCUUCCCCUUUAGCACAGCCAUGACUGCUGGCUUCUGUUGUGCCUUGUCCCACUUUUAGCACAUCCACACCACUGUGGUGGCAUAUGUGUGCUAACAUCAUCCUCAAUGGCUGCUGUUGUUCACAACAUGCUAUCAGUCCAUCUAAGUGUAGCAUUUCUCGUGCCCACUCGGUGCAUACAAGUUCAAUAACUGAUUAACUGUCUUAAACAGUCAUUUUUGCGUUGACUUUCAAAAAUGUUGUUAUAAUUUGAAGUUAAGAAGAUGUGGCUGUGUUUUGUCAAAGUGUCUAAAACCCAAUUGUAUGAGUGACAUAUGGUGUAAGAGUGUGAAUGUGGCCCUAUGUAGAAUUCCAAUUUCACCUGCUGACAAAAUAUUGAGGUCUUAGUGGGUAGUCUCGUUACUGUCCCUCUAUACGCUCAGACGUUUCAUGACAACUAAUAUUAACAAUAUUAACUAGGUUUUUUUAAAACAGCGUACUAAUAUUGUAUGAUCUCUUUUUGAGUUUUGCACUCUGUAUGAAAUCCAAUUAUCCAUUUUUUGUGUGUAUUUUUGUGCUGUAUUUUUUGAAUAAAGUCAUCCAGACAAAAAAAAAAAUGAAGAUCU